CCCAACAUUAAAAACCAAAACAAUGCCUUCUUCUCCUUUGAUUCAUGUCUCAAAAUCAACCAUUUUCCCAGACCGAAAAUCAAAUUUAGGAGACCUCAAACUCUCUGUUUCAGAUCUCCCAAUGUUGUCUUGCCAUUACAUUCAAAAAGGUUGUCUCUUCCCUCGCCCUUCAAUUCCCAUCCACUUACUCCUUUCCCUUCUCAAACAAUCCCUCUCCAAAACGCUGUCGUUUUUCCCUCCCCUCGCCGGUCGUCUUUACACCGACCUCAACGGUUCCAUCUACAUAGCUUGCAACGAUGCUGGCGUUGAGUUCCAUCACUCCACAUGCGCCACCUCGUUCAUUCGUGAUGUCAUUGCUCCUGUUUAUGUCCCCGAGCUGGUUAACGAGUUUUUCUCCUUCGACAAAACCGUUAGUUAUCAGGGGCAUUUUAAACCAAUCAUGGCCAUCCAGUUUACUGAGCUCCCCGACGGAGUCUUCAUCGGAUGUUCCAUUAACCAUGCGGUGACCGACGGCACGUCCUUUUGGAAUUUCUUCAACACUUACGCUGAUAUUUGCAGAAAAAUUAGUAACAAUGAUCCCAGUAUUGAAAAAAUCUCAAGGCAGCCGGAAUUUUCACGGGACUCGGUUUUGAUUUCAUCGGCGAUUUUAAAAGUUCCGAAAGGUGGACCCAAAGUUACGUUUAACGUCAACGAGCCGUUACGGGAGAGAAUCUUCAGUUUCUGCAGAGAAGCCAUUUUGGAACUCAAAGCUAAAGUUAACAGCAACAACAAAGAUAAGCUUCUUGUUAACGAAGACUUCAACGCCUUUGAAAAAUGCUAUUUCGAUAAGAGCGUAAACUUGAAUGGGAUUUUUGAAAAUUGGUUGUUUAAAUCAUCCAACAUUGCGAAUACGGCGGAGAUUUCGUCAUUCCAAUCACUUUCCGCUCUUCUCUGGCGAGCGGUGACACGUGCGAGGAAGCUUCCGGUUUCCAAAACGACGACGUUCAGGAUGGCGGUGAAUUGUCGUCACCGGCUGAACCCAAAGCUGGAUCCUUUAUAUUUCGGGAACGCGAUUCAAAGCAUUCCAACUUACGCAGUAGCAGGUGACGUGACGUCACGUGACUUGCGUUGGUGCGCCGAGAGAUUAAACGAAAGCGUGGAAGCUCACAAGGACGAAAGGGUGCGUGGUUACUUGAAGGAGUGGGAGAAGGACCCGCGGUGUUUCCCGUUGGGGAACUUUGACGGAGCGUCGAUGACGAUGGGGAGUUCACCGAGGUUUCCAAUGUACGAAAAUGAUUUUGGAUGGGGACGGCCAUUGGCGAUUAGGAGUGGUGGCGCCAAUAAAUUUGAUGGGAAGAUCUCCGCUUUUCCUGGGCGGGAAGGAAUGGGAGGCGUUGAUCUAGAGGUAGUUUUGGCGCCGGAAACAAUGGCAGCUAUUGAGUCCGAUCCCGAGUUCAUGCAAUAUGUAAUGAAUUAAAAUCACGGGGGUUUUUAAUGCUGUAGCUGCGUUUUAACAAAUAUAUCUAUAUUUAAUUUAUACCACAAAGAAUCCAUUUAUAUUAAUAGUAAGUUACAAUUUUUGCAA